CCAAUAAAUAUGUAAACAAGGAAGUAAUAGAUUUCGAAACAACACGGUGUUAUUCUGUAUCAGUAGCCAUGUCUAAUCCUUUUCACACAAAUUCUAACCCAUUUGAUGAAGACGAUGAUGAUAACUAUAGAAAGAAAAAUAAUCCGAAGAGAAGUGAGCUCUCUCACGAAGAACAAAUUCAAAGAAUGAUGAUGGAAAUCGAUGAUUCCGAAUAUCGGCAGUUAGAAAGUACGAAACGAGCUCUUGCCAGUAUCGAUGAUUCAGAGAGGACUGGCAUCGCUACUGCUGAGGAAUUACUUCAUCAACGAGAACAGCUUGUCAAUAUUGAGAAGAAGACGGACAUAAUUAAUCAAGAUCUCAAAACAUCUCAGAAACACUUAACAAACAUUAAAAGUAUUUUUGGUGGUAUAAAAAAUUGGUGGAAUGGCGAUAAAGAUAAGGACUCUCAACCAAGACAGUCUGUGCCAGGAACCAGUAAAUUACAAAGUACAUUAGAUAGUCAGUCUGCAUCCCGACCUCCUCCAGGCCAGAGGUAUAAAACAGAUGAUGGAAAAGGAUUUUACGAGGAUGAUUUAGAUGACGAGUUUAUGAAAGGUUCCAGAAAUCCUCAGGGAAAAACUCAGUAUUUUAAACCUGUCACUAACAGUAGAAAAGAAGAAUUGUUAAAUGAUAAUUUAGACUUGAUGUCAGAGGGAAUGGAACGUCUUAAAGGUCUUGCACAGGGUCUUGGUGAUGAAAUAGAAACACAGAACACCAUGUUAGACAGAAUAAAUACUAAGACUGAUAGGGCAGAUAUAAAACUGACAGAUCAAAACAGGCAAAUGAGGGGAAUUCUGAAAUGAUGCCCUGGUCAGGAAAAAUGGAAUUUAAGCAUUUUGAUGAAUUGUAUAAAUUUAGCCAAAGUCUUGAAUACAAAGGUUCAAGAAUGACAGUGUUUGAUGCAUGAUAUUGAUGAGUACAUGAUGUGUACUUGUAAAUAAACCAAAACAAAAUCUUGUUUAAAAGGGAUACAUUUAUACAGUGCUUUUUUUUUUUAUGAAAUUCUUUCAUUUUCUGCUAAAUAUUAGAUUACAUGGAGUGCUUUGUGAAGUGAUACAUGUAACUUACAUGUAGUUGUAUACUGGUGCCUCAUAUUUCCGUGGUACCCAUAUUUCCAAGGUAUUGGGUAGAAGCAGUCUCAAGUGCCUCAUAAACUUCAUACACCUGUCAGGAGUUUUACUUUCACUUUCUUAUUGUAUUCUUUUAUUGAAAUGUAACAUAUACAACUGUGAAAACUUAUUAUUUUAUUCACAUUAAAAAAAGAAGUAAAAUGUUUCACCAUUUUGCUUUUUGUUUUUAUAUCUCUAAAGACAAAUUGAAAAAGUAAAGAUUACUAUUAGUUUUGCUUUUAAAACUGUAAAAAAUGUAAUUGCCUUGGAAAUAUGAGAACACAACUUUACAAACUGGGCAGCGAAUGGGCGUAAAUUGCCAUGUUGUGUGCAUAAUUGCUUACAUGCAAACAUUAAAAGGAAUAAACUAUGAUGUAACUGACAUGUCUUUCCUACAUUUUUCAACAUAUUUUCCAGAAUUUUAUUCUUCUAACAUUUGUUGUUUGUGUUAAACAGUUAAGUACCAUGGAAAUAUGAGGCACCGGUCAGUAUACUAAGUAUCCCAAAAACAUAUGACUGUAUUUGCACCUAUACAAGAUGUGUUCUAUUCCAUAAGUCAUUAAAACUCCCUUCUAAUUAUAAGGUUAUUACAUUUAAGUCCAAAGGAAAAAUAAGAAAAUGGAAACAUUAUCAUAUUGUUAUUAUUAAGGACUGACUUUCAAGCUAUCUGUCUUAUGGGGGAGUAAAAGUGCUUUUUUCACAGAUUUAAUGUUAUCAGAAAUUCUUAUUUCUUUAUAAAUUUUUUUUACACACAUUUAACCCUUAACCUACUGAAUUUGUGUAAUGGAUUUGCCCUACUUUGAGUUUGGAACAGUUCAUUUGAAGUUUUAAGGGAUAACAGUAUCAAAAUACAAAAACUGAGCUACAUACUGCCGGCCUAACACAAUAGAUGCUUUUCACAUAGCAAUUAUUACCUCCCCUGACUGCCAUUUUUGGGGUCAUUUCCAAUAUAUCAUAUAUAUGUUUAAGAUACAUGUAAGAUAAAAAAAAUCUCAUAAUUCUAUCAUCUUCAUGAAAACUGAUAAAAAUCUUUUACAUAUUGUUGCCAGAUCUAUAAUAAUAUGCUGCAUAAUUAUCUGUAAUAUAGUUUGACAAUUCAUGCAAAUGAGCUGAUUAUAUUAAUUUUUAGCUCGACUUUUCUAUGAAAAGGGGAGCUAUCCUACUCGCCCCGGCGUUGGCGUCGGCGUUGGCGUCACACCUUGGUUAAGUUUUUCGUACCACCCCACUUUAUUUCAGAAGUAUUACAAGUAUGGCUUUGAAACUUACCAUACUUGUUCACCAUCAUAACCUCCAUCUACAGACAAGAGUACAUAACUCUGUCAAGGUUUUUGACAGAAUUAUGGCCCUUUUUUGACUUAGAAAGUGUAUUGAGCUUGGUUAAGUUUUUUGUACCACCUCACUUUAUUUCAAAACCAUUGGAGGUAUUGCUUUGAAACUGACCAUACUUGUUUACCAUCACGACCUUCAUCAACAGACAAGAGGACAUAACUCUGUCAAGGUUUUUGACAGAAUUAUGCCCCUUUUUGACUUAGAAAAUACAUUGAAUAUGGGUAAAAUCCACUUAUUGCCUUAACCCUUUGAGAUAUUGCUUUGAAACUUUUAAUGCUAUUUCACAUCAUUACCCCCAUCUGUACGCAAGAGAAGGUAACUCUGUCAAGGAUUUGUUUUAAAAAUUAAGGCCUUUUAUCGACUUACAAUCUUGGUUAAGUUUUUAGUACCAGUCCACUUUUUGACUGAACUGUUUGAGAUAUUAAUUUGAAAGUUGGAAUACUUGUUUACAAUCAUGAUUCCCAAACAUGUCCAGGAGAAGGUAAUUCUGUCAAAGAUUUUAUUUGAAUUAUGGCCCUUAACUGUCAAUGUUUUGUAUUAUAGGCAAGCACUAAAAAACUUAAAAAAUCUAAAAAAAUUCAUUCCUAUAAAUUUAUUUAAGGCUCAACUCAGUUUUUUUUUCUUUCUUACCAGCCCUCUUUUGACUUAAACAUUUCAAACUUUGCUGCAGUGUUCAAGGGUAUCACACAAUUCAGUAAAAUAAUUCUUCACUAAAUAUCUUAAUGCUCAUGGCCAUUGUUCACUUUAAAAAUACAGAGAUUCUUGUAUUGCCUUUUACUGCAAAAACUUUUUUUAUUGGCAAGCAAUAAAAAAGUCGAGCGCGCUGUCUUACGGACAGCUCUUGUUUCUCAUAUCUUGUCACCUAUACAUUGUAUUAUAUACCCGGUAUAGAAUAUUGACCCAAAAAAUGGCUGCCACUUUUUGCAAAGGAGGUAAAUAUUGUUAAAAUUGGAAACUAUCUAUACCUGUGGCUAUGCUCAAUAACUUUUGGUUCAUUCAUGUAUAGAGAUGAUUUUGUCAUUUUUCUAGAUUUUCUGGUUUCAGUGAACUUACUUUUGAUGUAUUGUCUUAAUUACUUACAUUUAACUUGUUGAGGAAAUUAUAUAAAUCUGUAUACUUGCUUUCUUAUACUCAUUUAAAAUAAGGCUUUAUAGAAUGAUUACUUUUUGAGAUUUUAAGAUCCUAUAAUAAUGUUUAGAAAGAAAAACAUUUUGGCACGAUAGUUUUUAUAAUACCAAAUAUGCAUCACAGUUUUAAUGUGACAAGUAAUAGGUAUUUUUUAAUACAAAUGUAUUACAUACAUUUGAUAUUAAAUGGCUGAUAUAGAGGUGAUUUUUGCCAUUUUUCUACAUUUUCCUGCUUCAAUAAUCAUACUUUUAAUAUAAUUUUUUAAUCAGAGAAAAUACUUCCCUUAAGGCUUCUGUUAGCACACAAAGCCUUAUGCAUUGAAAGAAAUGAAUUUUACUUAUAUUUUGUUAUACAUGUAUGUAAUAACAAAUUACAUUAUUGUUCACGGAUAUACAUGUAUGUAUUGAUUAAUUAUAAUAAUGAAUAUCUUUCAAUGAUUUCCUGUGUCAAAAUCACAUGUACGGACAGGAAAACACUUGAAUUUAUCUUCUCGAUCAGUAAUUUACUUUGUAUUGUUAAUAAUUUGAUAUAAAAUUAUUUACAAUUUUCUGAAUUUAUCACUUCUAAAAGUUGAAUUUGAUUAAAUCCAUAAUUAAUUGAAGAGGCCAUUGUCAUGAACAUAUUCAAAUAUUAUUAUUCCAGGAAUUCUUUUAAAGUGUUCACAAAUGUAAUUCGUUUAAAAUAGGAUGUUAUUGCUAAUUUUACAUUUUAACCUGCCAAACUUUUGUAAAUUGACUUGUCCAUUUUACAUCUGGAAACAGUUUGUUAUUGAUUUUUGAGAUAUCAUAAUGACAAUUUUAAAGUUGGUUGACCGGCAGUCUUGAACCAGGUCAUACCACGUAGAUACCUGAUGCUGUACUAAUAAGACUUUUAUUAUAGUCUCCACCUUCCCAAGGGUUUUUAUCUAUCAGAAAGGAAAAUUUCAAAAUAUUUAUUCACUAACUUGCAGAACAGUGCAAGACCGUGAUUAGACUUUACAGAUGUGCUGCCCGCUAAUCUUGGUCUUCACUGGUUGCGCACAGGGUAGAAUCAGUUGCUACCAGCAGGUCAAUAGAUAACUCAACCAGAGUGAAAUGGUAAAUGAGAGAGCUUAAAUUGUACAGCUUGUUGAACAAAAUAAGAAGUUGAUGUUGUUGUUUGAUAUUAUACAUUUGUAUACAAGUCCCAAAUUGUUUUGAAAAUUAUUGUAGUGUGUUAUGAUCAAAUGUGCUAUCUUUGUUUAAUGCAUUCCUUAAAGUUAACAAUAAAUUUAAACCUGGUAAGCUGUUUCAAAUGUGUUUGUGUGCAAUAUUUUGGGCACUUUAUAUAAUGUUAAUUCGUAUGAAGGGGACAUUAUGACCUGACCUUCCUACAUAUUUUAAGAUAUCAAUUUAAUUUUUUUUUCUUAUGAUAAGGCAAUUCAGGGUGAUUUAAUAUCUGAAGUUUUAAAUUAUUUUGUAAAUUAUUUUGAGACCACACUUAUUCAAUGUAGUCAGUAAAGUCUCUGGCAAAUGUGCUAUAAACAUACAAUUACGCCUCUGACGGCAAAAAGAUUAAGGAAUUUCCUCACACAAAAUAUUCAUAGAAAUUUACAGCUAUUGAGUACUGUUCAGACAGGCCUGGCUAAUUUCAGCUGGUACAUGGUAGAUUUUUUUGAAUAUUUUGGCCACAAAGAUUUAAUUGCAAAUGUAGUGUGUAACUUAAGUUAAAUAAUUAAAAUGACAUGAUUUACAUAUAUAUCACCUCUAAUUAUUGAUAAAAUUUCAUUAUAAAAUAUCAGUAUAUCUUCAACAGGUUCUAUAGUAGGAAAUUUGAGAUAUUGCAUAUUGUCUUGCUUCUCAAUUACAUGUAAUCUGUAAAUUUCUGUGUUGUUUUUUCCUUUGUUCUUCACUGUUGUUUUUCAAGAGUUAUCACUAUUAAAGAUUUGCUGUACAUAAUUAAUAGUCCAUGUUUUGUUUCGUUUUGUUUUAUGAUUGAUAUUCUCAUAAUUAAUGCUUUUUUGUCAUGCACUAAGUCAUACUUGUUGUCCAUUUGUUGUAAAAUAUUAAAUGGAAUAAAAAUAUAUAUAUAGAAA